AUGGCGCCCAGCCGGAAUGGCAUGAUCUUGAAGCCGCACUUCCACAAGGACUGGCAGCGGCGAGUGGACACUUGGUUCAACCAGCAGGCACGCAAGAUCCACAGACGCAAGGCCCGGCAGGUGAAAGCGUGCCGCAUUGCCCCGUGCCCUGCGUCCGGGCCCAUCAGAUCCGUCGUGAGGUGCCCCACAGUGCGCUACCCCACCAAGGUCCGAGCUGGCCUGGGCUUCAGCUUGGAGGAACUCAGGGUGGCUGGUAUCCAUAAGAAAGUGGCUCGCACCAUCGGCAUCUCCGUGGACCCAAGGAGGCGAAACAAGUCCACCGAGUCCCUGCAGGCCAACGUGCAGCUCCUGAAGGAGUACUGCUCCAAGCUCAUCCUUUUCCCCAGGAAGCCUUCCGCUCCAAAGAAGGGAGAUAGUUCGGCUGAAGAACUUAAAUUGGCCACUCAGCUAACAGGACCUGUGAUGCCCAUCCGGAAUGUUUAUAAAAAAGAGAAAGCAAAAGUCAUCACAGAAGAAGAGAAGAACUUCAAGGCUUUUGCCAGCCUUCGUAUGAGAAUCUAUCAAUUAGCAGGAGUUUGUGCAGAAAUAGAAAGUGAGAUAAAAAAACAAAAUAAUCAAAUCAUGUUUUCCUAUGGAGGCAGUGAAGAAGAGGAAUGGGUCACUCAAGAAGAGUUACUGGUAAAUAGGUUAUUGCUUGCUAAAUUGGUAACACAUGAUGAACAACAGACUUUAGAACAAAUAACUAUUCUUUUGAAAGUUCUGUCUCUGGAUAUAGCAAAUAACAGGAUCCAAAUGAUUCAAAGAAAGGGUACUUUGCAUUUUCCUAUGUCCUUGUCAUCUCUAGACUAA